CGGCCAAUGGGCUGCUGGGAAAGAUCAAAUGUCACUAUAACAUGAGGGUGUGAGGCCGAGGAGGCACUGCCUGAACCCAUCCUGUCCACAGGGAGCACCAGCCCUUCUCCGGACUCAGCUGCAGCCCACUGCAGACACAACCCACCCACCAUGUCUGACGAGGAAGCCGAGCAGGUGGAGGAGCAGUACGAGGAAGAAGAAGAGGCCCAAGAGGAAGAAGCCCACGAAGGAGGUGGGGGCCGGGAGGCACCAGAGGAAGGCCCGCCCACCAUGUCCCCAGGGCCAGAGCCACAAGUCAGGACCAGGGCAAGAGCCAGGAGAGAGAACCGCAGCCUGUCUGCAGAGGACGUCCAAGAAGAGGAGAAGCCAAGACCCAAGCUUACUGCUCCUAAGAUCCCGGAAGGGGAGAAAGUGGACUUUGAUGACAUCCAGAAGAAGCGCCAGAACAAGGACCUCAUGGAGCUGCAGGCGCUCAUUGACAACCACUUCGAGGCGCGGAAGAAGGAGGAGGAGGAGCUGAUCGCGCUCAAGGACAGAAUCGAGAAGCGCCGCGCAGAGAGGGCCGAGCAGCAGCGGGUCCGCGCCGAGAGGGAGCGGGAGCGCCAGAACCGCCUGGCGGAGGAGAAGGCCCGCAGGGAAGAGGAGGACGCCAAGAGGAGGGCGGAGGACGACCUGAAGAAGAAGAAGGCCCUGUCCUCCAUGGGCGCCACCUACAGCAGCUACCUGGCCAAGGCUGACCAGAAGAGAGGCAAGAAGCAGACAGCCCGGGAGAUGAAGAAGAAGAUCCUGGCGGAGAGACGCAAGCCGCUCAACAUCGACCACCUCAGUGAGGACAAGCUGAGGGACAAGGCCAAGGAGCUCUGGGACACCCUGCACAAACUGGAGACAGACAAGUUCGAGUUUGGGGAGAAGUUGAAGCGCCAGAAGUAUGAUAUUAUGAACAUGCGGGCCAGAGUGGAGAUGCUGGCCAAGUUCAGCAAGAAGGCCGGUGCCACCGCGAAGGGCAAAGUCGGUGGGCGCUGGAAGUAAAGCAGCCAAGGAAGGCCCCCGAGGCAGAGACCGCUGGGCACACAGCCCACAUGGCAGUGUCAGGCUGUCAGGCCCGCUCCCAAGCACCCCCAGAACCUCUGUGCUCGCUGCCCCCACCCCCUGGGGUCUGCGAAUAAAGCUGUCAGACUCCCCUGUA